GAGCAUAAAAAUUUGACUAAAAACAUGCGCCAUACGAAUAGCCGUGGAUCAUCGUCGCCAGUGCUUUAGUUAUGUUUUAAAGCCAAGUGUUCACAACACUGCAAGGGUAAAUGAAAUGGUGAUUGUUUGUACAAUAUGAGACAUAGUUUGUGAUGAGUCGGUCGAUGCUGGCGACGGGCGGCAGGCAGCGGACGAGUGAGGCCCGCGGGCCGCGGCCGCGAGACGGCGGGAGCGUGCCAAGUGAUAAGGACCGCCACCGAUAGCGACGUCACGCCCAGACGUUGUUUGUGUGAAUUUAAAUAAAUUUUCAUGACAGACAGUUCCGUAAUCACCUCUUGCUAUAGUCGUGACAUACCAACUCGAUAACAUCUGCAAAACUUUUGAGAAUAUUAUCUUUGCCCAACAUGCUCUCGGUGCAAGUGCCGGGGUGCGCGGGUAUGGAGCGGCUGGGCGCGCCGGGGGGGCCGCGCCUACGGCACGAUCACAGGCAUCACCAUUCCACAUUGGAAUGGGAGAAGCAACAGAGGCUGCAGGCGAUGGUGGGGCGGCUGCAGGAGAUGGUGGAGCAGGAGACGCGCGCGCGGUCCGCCGCGGCGGCGGAGCGGCUCGGCCUGCCGCCCAGCAUACGCCUGCCCGACGGCGAGUACGGGCAGGACGCGCAUCUGCAGAUCCGCGUGCCUUACCAGCAAGCUGAGCUGACAAGAAGCAGUUUUCAGCCGCCACCAAACAAGUGCGUGAGCGACGUGCCCGAGUGGGCGGGCGCGGCGGAGGCCGGCCCGGCGCGCCGUGCGGCCGCCAAGAAGGACGGUCUGCUGCAAAAAGCGACGCGAUGGUGGGUGCGCAUGGGCGCGCGGCCGCCGGCGCCCUUCCCUGCCGCACCGCCGCCCUGCGUGAUGGUGCCGCGGCGCGCGCUGCCUCCGCCGCCCGACGCUGCGGACUGUGCCGACUGUGCGGAGGACCGUGCCGACUGUGCGGAGGACCGUGCCGACUGUGCGGAGGACCGUGCCGACUGUGCGGAGGACCGUGCCGACUGUGCGGAGGACCGCGCAGAGAACUGUGCCGGCCGUGCGGAGGGCGCGGCCGGCGAGCGCGACUAG